CAGGAAACCCAGACAUCCCAAUUUUACUCUCUCUCCCAUCAGCCUUUAGACUACAGGAUAUUAGUGAUGGAUGAAGAUCAAGAUCGGAUCUACAUUGGCAGCAAAGAUCAUAUUUUGUCGUUGAAUAUCAAUAACAUAAGCCAGGAGCCACUGAAUAUUUUCUGGCCAGCGUCAACAGCCAAGGUGGAUGAGUGCAAAAUGGCUGGUAAAGAUCCCACAUACGGCUGUGGCAAUUUUGUUCGGGUGAUACAGACAUUCAACCGCACCCAUCUGUAUGUUUGUGGGAGUGGAGCCUUCAGUCCUGUCUGCGCCUACCUCAACCGAGGACGAAGAUCUGAAGAGCAAGUUUUCAAGAUCGACUCCAAAGGGGAAUCGGGGAAGGGACGCUGCUCUUUCAACCCCAGUGCUAACACAGUCUCUGUUAUGAUCAAUCAAGAGCUAUUUUCGGCCAUGUAUAUUGAUUUCAUGGGCACCGACGCGGCCAUUUUUCGCAGCUUAACCAGACGGAAUGCAGUGAGGACCGAUCAACACAACUCGAAAUGGCUAAGUGAACCCACCUUUGUGGAUGCUCAUCUCAUCCCAGAUGGCACCGACCCCAACGAUGCUAAAGUGUACUUCUUCUUCAAGGAGAAGCUGAUGGACAACAGUGGCACCACCAAACAGAUCCACUCCAUGAUUGCCAGAAUAUGUCCCGGUCACUUCCUCGUUUAUGUGGGUGAAAAGCCUUCAGUAUUUAAAGGCUCAGCUGUCUGCGUUUACCACUUAUCCGACAUUCAGCGAGUCUUCAAUGGACCAUUUGCUCACAAGGAAGGACCGAACCAUCAACUGAUUCCCUAUCAAGGAAGGAUCCCUUAUCCACGACCAGGGACUUGUCCUGGAGGAGCCUUCACGCCUAACAUCCGAACAACCAAAGAUGUUUCAGACGAUGUGGUCACCUUUCAUCCGGGAAACCAUCCCUUGAUGUUUAAUCUCUAUCCGAUCACAAAGAGGGCCGUUAAUUAUCGGACGGGCACCGACUACAAAUACACAAGUCGCUGUGACCGGGUCAGUGCAGCCGAUGGAAGAUACCACGUUUGUUUCUCGGGACAGAAGAAACUGGAAGUUUUUAAGAAUAAUGCUCCGAUAACAACAAUGGCCAUUUCAUCGAAAAAGCAACAGUUGUAUGUCAGCUCCGAGGAAGGCGUCACCCAGGUCUCCUUGCACCGUUGCCACAUCUACGGGACUGCCUGUGCCGACUGCUGCCUGGCCAGGGACCCUUACUGUGCCUGGGAUGGCAACUCCUGCCUCCAGGUUCUACCCGACGGGCAAAAGGCGGAGUCGAAGGCAAGAUGUGAGACAUGGAAAUCCUAUGACUCAGUGUCGGGAUUUAACCUCAAAGCUUAUCGAAACGCAGCUGAGGUCAUUCAGUAUGGAGUCAAGAACAACACCACGUUCCUUGAGUGUACACCUAAAUCUCCCCAAGCUUCUAUCAAAUGGCUUUUCCAAAAGGACAAUGACCGAAGGAAAGAGGUGAAACUCAGUGAAAGGAUCCUCGCCACGCAGCAAGGUCUUCUCAUCCGUUUGGUGCAGGAAGCUGACCGUGGGACGUACCACUGCAUUGCCACGGAAAACGGCUUCAAGCAAACCAUAGCCAAGGUGAACUUCAAGGUUUGGAUUCUGACCACCGUGGCCUUCAUGACGGACAAGUGGUCUCCGUGGACCUGGGCCAGUUCGCUCCACGCUUUGCAGUUCCACCCCAAGGACCUGGCUGGAUCUUUCAGCCACUCCGAACUCCAGAUGAUUAAUCAAUAUUGCAAAGACACGCGGCAGUUGGGUCAACAGGCCGACGGUUCCUCCAAGAUGAGAGGGGACUACAACAAACUAAAGGCUCUUCUCAAUAGCCGGAAAAGCAGGAACCGUAGGAACCAGUGGCCCGGAUCGUAAGGGCCAAGAUCCAUCCAUAAACUUCUUCUUCAUCACCACUGCAAUCUUGUACCCUCACUCAAGGAAUUCAUUUCUAAUCAGGUGGUUUUCUUUCCCCGCUGAGAGUAGAGCGAAACAGUGACCAAGCUUGCUUGACAGAAGUUCAAGGACACUCGGGACACUCAAACUCUCUAAGCUGAAAUCAGACCAAUAAGACCAAGUCCGAAGAGAUGUCCAUCGUGAAGUAACCUAGUGUUCCCGUCUUGCUUCUGCUCUCUAAGCCUUCAGAGAGGGUGUUGUGCCAUGUUUCCAGGUCAUCUUUGUUGACCUGAUGACGAAGCACUGAACGCCCAGCUUGGAAUCAUGGAAGUUUGGAAGGAAAGAGUGGUUAGGACAAAAAGUAACUUGAAGUGGUCUCCAUCUACAUGUAUGGCUUUGUGUGUGUCUGUAUGUGAUUCUCUGUUUACGGUACGUUGUGUUGACAAAUGAGCUCUUGUGGAUGCACAGAUUCCAAAGUCAAUUUCUCAUAUUAAUGUCACAGGAGGAUUGUGCCGGUUAGGAAUUAUGGGAUUUGUGGUUACAUCACGGCUAAAGGAGCCUCAGACUGGGGAAGGCUAAUCUCACCACCAUUGUGGCAUUUACCGUAUUCGGUUCGCUGAGUUCAAAAAUAUUCCACUUCCCUUGUGUAUUUGUAUAAAAUGGAACCUUAAAAAUGAUGCAUACAUGCAGUCCAAAACUACAGAUAGUUCUUGACUUACAACAGUUCGUUUAGGGACAGUUCAAAGUUACAACGGCACUGAAAAAAAUGACUUAUGACAGUUUUUCACAACAUUUGCAGCAUUUUUAUAAUCUGAUCAAAAUUCAGAUACUUGGCAACUGGUUCCUAUUUAUGAUGGUUGCAGUGUCCUGGGG